GUGAUCUAUUUUUAAACCGUACAGAGUUUUUGAACCCGCGUAUCAAGGAUCCUUACUUGAAUAAGAAAUUUCACAUCUAUGGAUGGUUUCAUUGCAAAAGAUUUGUUUCAAAUGACGUACUGAUCGCGAUUACGAAAUUGGAUGUUUACUUUUAAAUAAAAGUUCCGAAACUGACCUAUAUUUUACCUGUAUACAUUUCUAACCAAUACAUCAAGAUCACCAGUAGGAAGUUUUCAGAAUUAAAUUAAAACAAAGAUGUCUAACGCAGUAACCUCACAACCAGGUCAAGAAAAAAGUGGUUUUAACGGCACUGGUGCGGCCCCUCCUCUGGGAUGCCCACCUGGACUGAAAAAAUUGGCUCAGAUGAACGAAGUUUAUCUCAAUCAGAAAGUAGAUUUAUUAGAAAUUUGGACAAACACGGCUUUAGUAGUACCAAACAGAUACAGCGUUGAGAAUAGUAGCGGACAAAGAGCUUAUUUUUCACAAGAAGAAUCUGAAUAUUGUAACAGAAUAUGUUGUGGACCAAACAGAGGAUUUCAAAUGCACAUUACAAUGAACGACGGCAGGGAAGUUAUUCGCUGUGAGAGAGAAUUUAAAUGUUGUGCAGGGUGUUGUUGGUGUGCAAAUGGUGACCAUUGUGGAUGGGAAAUGACUGUCGAAGCUCCACCUGGAAAUCUGAUUGGAUAUAUUAGACAAAAUGGUUCCAAAUGGAAGAUGAAUCUAACACUGUACGAUGCCAACCGUCAGAAGUUGUAUGAUAUAUGGAGUAAAUGUUGCCCAAUUUUCUGUAUUUGCUGUAUUGAUGAUAUUAAUUUUUAUGUUCAUGAUGCUAAAUCAGGAAACAAAUUAAGUCCAAGAAUUUACAGGAAGUGGGCCACAACUGAUUUGUUGGUUUGUGAAUCGCAAGGAAAAAGAGAUUGUACAGCCCCUCCACUAGGAUGUCCACCUGGACUAGAAUAUUUGGCUCAGAUGGACGAAAUCUAUCUCAACAAGCAAUAUGAUGAACCAGAAUCUUUGUCAAGGAUAAAAUUCAAAAAUCCAAAUCGGUACAGCGUUGAGAAUAAUAGAGGAAAGAGAAAAUAUUUUGCAGAAGAAGAAUCUAACUUUUGUAACAGAAUAUCGUGUGAAUCAUACCGAGGAUUUAUAAUGCACAUUUCAACGAACAACGAUACGGAAGUUAUUCGUUGUGAGAGAAAAUUCAAAUGUUGUGCAGGAUGUUGUUGGUUUGCAGAUUGUGACAACUGUUGGUGGGAAAUGACUGUCGAAGCUCCACCCGGCAUUUUGAUUGGAUAUAUAAGACAACGUGGUUCCAAAUGGAAGACUCAUCUAACACUGUACGAUGCCAACCGUCCAAAAUUGUAUGAUAUAUGGAGUAAAUGUUGCUCAAUUUUCUGUAUUUGCUGUAUUGAUGACAUUAACUUUUAUGAAACUUACUGAGUCCAAGAAUUUACAAGACGUGGGCUGAAUGGGUCAGAGACUGCUGUACCAGAGAUGAUUUGUUUGUUUGUGAAUUUCCAGGAAUGGACGUGAAAGAAAAGGCUUUGUUUGUCUAUGCGUGCUUUAUGAUUGAUGUAAUGGUAUUUGAAUCACAGAAGAAAUUGAACACCGCUUAGACUUUUAAACCAAAUAACAAAUGAUAACUUAAUAAAACAACCACAGUUUGUUUGCAUAAAGAGCAAACAUCCAAUACAAUAUGUCGAUACCUAUAUUAUUUUGGCAUUGCAUAAGGUCAUGUUUUCUCUGACUGUUAAUGGCGUUACACUAAAUCCAUUGGGUAUAGGAUAGUACUGAUUGAUAUUCAAGUCUUAGACACAUGAUUUUGUAUUAGUUAUUAUGGGCUUUGAACUCGUUUUCAGUAACUGCGAGUACUGUCUUAUCUGUACUUUGUUUCUUUUGUGUAUUUGUUAAGAUUUUUAUGUGCCUUGUAUCGAUCUGAUGAGUUAAGCCAUUUUCCACAGAUUAUUUAGUUAGUUCUUAUGUCGUACUGUUACACCUCUGUCCCAGGUUGGGCUGAUGGUUUGGCGCCAGCAAACAUGAUUAACCCCGCCUCAUUCUGUUUGUGCCUGUCCACACUCAGGAGCCCGUAAUUCAGAGUCUGUCGUUUGUUGCUGUAUAUCAUACAUGUUUUUCGCUUAUUGUUUUGUACAUUAAUCAGACCGUUAGUUUCAUUUCGGGGCCUUUGAUAGCUUACUGAGUGGUACAUGUUUUUUUCUCAUUGUUGAAGACCGUAUGGUGUCCUAUAGUUGUUUACUUCAAUGGCAUUUGGUCUCAGGUGUAGAAAUGUCUCAUUGGCAAUCAUACCAAAUCUUUUUAUUCUUAUAAUAACAUUUAUGUAAACAUAAAAAGACGUGUUAUAAUUGCCAAUGAGACAACUCUACACCAGAGACCAAAUAACGUAAAAGAUUAGCAACUUAAUGUCACCAUACGACCUUCAACAUUCAGACUCACAAUACAAUCUUUAAUUACCCUUCCAAUGUCUAUACCACAGAAACAAGACGUCAAAGUAAAACCAGGAAUAUAAAUAUCUAACAGGAAAAAUAAGCUGCAAGUGGUCAAUUCAAAAGAAUUAAUUGCAUAAAUCAUUUGGAACAGCUCAUUGCAUUGUACUUCUCCGUUAACAUAUACCACAUUACAAGACAUACUAACACCGUUCUUUCAAUUGGAAAAAAAGGGAUAUGGAAGCGUUCAUCGACAAUUUGGCGUCAAUCGAAGUCUCAGACGUUACACGUACAUACUGAUCUCAGAAACAAAAAGGGAAACACCAUUGUGAAUAUAUUUUAAUUCGGUAAAUGAGUAAUUUUAUGAAGUUUGCAAGAUAACCUUUGAAAAUCUUAGUUUGACAAACAUUAUUGUACACUCGAUGAUCUACUCCUUAGACGCCACAAGGCCAAUGAAAUACAAAUUUGACAUAAAUUAACGCUAUAAUGCAUAGUUUAUAAACACUCAUCAAAGACACCAAGAUUAUAAUCAUUAUUUUAAAAGUCAGUUGAUUUAGAUUCCUAACAGAAAUUGAUGACUAAAAAUACAAUACCAAACUAAGGAAAGGGAUAUUGAAAAGUACUGAUCUGUUUCUAUGUAUUUACAGAUCUUGCUUUUAACAAAAUAUAAGUGAUAUGGUUGCAUGAUUUUAUUUGUUCCGUACACAUUACAAAUUAUUUCUGCUUUAAAAAAGAUUUGACAAAAAUAUUCAUAUAUGUAUAUAUAACAUUAUUUUCAUUUAUAUUUAUAUUCACGAUAGAGAAAUUCGGAUAUCUGACGAACGUAAUGUAUAUAUUAGAAGUUUGAUGUAUGACUAUACAAUCCUAUUUUCUGUAGGAAGAGAGACAACUUUUAAUCCUUUAUGAAUACGUUAUAUAGGAUAAUUCAAUUCUAACACAUAUUGUGUCUAUCCUUUCGGAAACCUGAGAUCAAUCUCGGUUUUAGUGGCUUUGUGUUGUUCAGUCUUAAGUUUUCUUUGUAGUGUUUUGUAAACUUUUGUCUUUUCGUUAUUUUUGGUGUUUGGUUUUUUUUUUGCCAUGGCAUUGCAAGUUUGUCUUUGACAUAUGAGUUUUAAUGUUCCCUUGAUAUUUUUCGCCUAUUUUGACGUAUAAUUUAGAUUAUUGUUUUCAAUUUUCAUCUAUUAAGUACAACCAAUAUGCAGCAACUAAACAUUGGUUAACAAUAAACAUUAGAAAAAUAUGCCACUAACAUUCGACCAAUAUAAAGCAAAUGUCCACUGAAUAAAACUCGAAUGGAAUCAAGAUGUCGGUUAAAACAGAAACAAAGAAAAACAAACCCACACACCGAUAUAGACAAAAACAACAAACGAAAAGGAAAAAGCUAGUUGACCUGCCUUGUUUCAUCAUGAAAUGUAGAAAUUCAACAAUAUAUCUGCUGGAAAAUAUUUACAGACAGACUUUAUCAUUAUAGAGACUUAACUAUCUGAACUGUGUGUUUUUCAUUGUUUUUGCCUUAUUUUGUAAAAACGUUAUUUUCUGAUGAUAUAAAUACCAAGAUGUGGUAUGAGUGCCAAUGAGACAACUAGCCAUCCAAGUCACAAUGUGUAAAAGGUACACAAUUAUAGGUCAAAGUACAGCAUUCAACACUGAGCCUUUGCUCAAACCGAACAGCAAGCUAUAAAGGGCCCAAAAAGACGUGUAAAACAAUUCAAAGUGUCGGUAUUGGUUUGUUGUCCUUUUUAUGUAUUAUUAUGACUAUUAUAAUGCCGUCUUUAUGAUAAAUAUCCUAAAUUAU